CGCGAGUACGCGACCUCACGCGGUUAGUCUGGCGGGUGCGCACGCUUGUGCGCGUGAAGCCCGCGUCUCCCAGCUGCCGAAAGAGAAAUGAGGAGAGGACGGAUGGUGCAUUACAGCACUACCACAGUACAUCUGCCGGCAUUGUUUUGUGACAUAUCUGAAGCUGAAAAUAAAUUAUGCCUUUGUAUGGGUACUGCAAAAGUGCACGCUGAGCAGUUAGUGAGCGUUUUACGCAGCUCGAUUGUAUGAGAAUCAUGAGUCUGCGUUCAAUAGGGAUUUUCAGAGUAACGACGUCGCUUAAACAAGGGAGCUAACGCUUAUCGUUUGUAUCCAAGAAGUGUACACAUUACACCGAACCAAGGUAUUUAAUCCUUCAUUUUGAAUAUUUAAUGGAAUGUUGCCAAUUUCAUGAGCCUAUCAAAUAAUGAGGUAUAAAUCGUAAGCAUUUCACUUCUGACCUGUCUGGCUAAAUAUAAACACAAACGGACGGACGGAAGACGCCUCACACCGGAUUUACCUGAAGAUGCGCCUUGGUCUUUGAGACAAGACUUUCUUGCUGUGCAAGACCUUCAGUUAUAGUUAUUUAAGUUUCAGCUGUAGCUUUUGGAUUUUCAGACACCAUAUUGCCUUUCUCCAGAAGGAGCUGCAGACCGGAGAUGGAGAGGAGUGUAUGGACUGAGAGCCAACUUAAAUUAGCAGAACAUAUAAGCGAGUGUCCUCCCAUUUCUCUGUGAGUCAGACAAACCCAGAGCGAGAAGAGCGUCAGGACAAAGACAUCCAGGGGGUUUCGUUUGUCCCACAGGACCAGUGGUGGAUCUGGAAGGAGUCUUGGACAGAUCCUUGUAAGCGUUAAGAGGGUUACCCACCGCGUGAGAGAGACGGGGUCAGAGGCAGAGCCAGAGCGCGGGAGGGGCUGGCGGGAGAGUGGGAAAGGACGUUUGCUAUGGCGACGGACCCUGGAGAGCCCACUGCCACGGAGGAGUCAUCUGGAGAGAACGCUGACGGGGAGAGGAAGGAGAGGCAGCAGGAGAGCCGGGCGAUGCCCAACGGGAUGCACAGCGCGCUCUCUGACCUCUCAUCUGACCAGCCUCACGAGAGGCGAGCGGGCCGAGAGGGCGGUACAGGAGCAGGGGAGAUCGGCGAGGAAGCGGACAGCCCUGCCGGGCCGCGGCCUGCCCUCAGCCCGCCUUUCCCUGGCUCUGGUGGGCCUCAGCCGAGGCGCGAGAACAAGCGCUUUUUCCGCAAGAGCAUGGAGAUCUGCGAGGAGGACGACCACUUCGGGGAGGUCCACGACACCUCUCAUAGUGCGCCUCACCUCGAACUCCAUGGCUCGGACUCGGUGUUCAGUGGUGGUGCCCAGCAGCUGCCCAACGCCACUUCUGCAGGCCUGCGCGAGGAUGACACACACACGGGCACCCAGGACACCGAGAAGGACGCCCCUAUGGUUCCCGUGCUGAGGGGGAAGGAGCGUGAGCGCGAGCAGGAGGAGGAGGCAGAGAUGAAGGCUGUGGCCACAUCACCCAGUGGCCGCUUUCUCAAGUUCGAUAUUGAGCUCGGCAGGGGGGCCUUCAAAACUGUUUACAAAGGCCUGGAUACAGAGACGUGGGUGGAAGUGGCCUGGUGUGAACUGCAGGACCGGAAGCUAACGAAGGCAGAGCAGCAGCGUUUCCGUGAGGAAGCAGAGAUGCUGAAGGGGCUGCAGCACCCCAACAUCGUGCGCUUCUACGACUCCUGGGAGUCUGCACUCCGAGGGAAGAAGUGCAUCGUCCUGGUCACCGAGCUCAUGACCUCGGGGACGCUUAAAACCUACCUAAAGCGCUUCAAGGUGAUGAAGCCCAAGGUUCUCCGUAGCUGGUGCCGGCAGAUCCUGAAGGGCCUGCACUUCCUGCACACGCGCACGCCGCCCAUCGUGCACCGCGACCUCAAGUGCGACAACAUCUUUAUCACGGGUCCCACAGGCUCGGUUAAGAUCGGGGACCUGGGCUUGGCCACGCUCAUGAGGACAUCCUUCGCCAAGAGUGUCAUUGGUACUCCAGAGUUCAUGGCUCCAGAGAUGUAUGAGGAGCACUAUGACGAGUCUGUAGAUGUCUAUGCCUUUGGCAUGUGUAUGCUGGAGAUGGCCACAUCCGAGUACCCUUAUUCUGAGUGCCAGAACGCAGCGCAGAUCUACCGCAAAGUCACCAGUGGGAUCAAGCCAGCCAGUUUUGACAAAGUCAUCGACCCGGAAAUCAAGGAGAUCAUUGAGGGCUGCAUACGGCAGAACCGAGGAGAGCGGCUCUCCAUCAAAGACCUGCUGAACCACGCCUUCUUCGGCGAGGACACGGGCGUGCGGGUGGAACUGGCUGAGGAGGACUCGGGCAGUCAGGACUGUCUGGCCCUGCGCAUCUGGGUGGAGGAGCCCAAGAAGCUGAAAGGCAAGCACAAGGACAACGAGGCCAUCGAGUUCAGCUACGACCUGGAGAACGACAGCGCCGAGGAGGUGGCACUAGAGAUGGUGAAGUCAGGAUUUUUCCACGAGAGUGACGCGAAGGUGGUGGGGAAGUCUAUCCGAGACAGGGUGGCUCAGAUUAAGAAGUCCCGCGAGAGGCGACGGCAGCAGCAAGGCCUGGCUGAGCGGCGGGACUCCUCUGCCUUGCCCUCCCUCACAGGUGGGCCUGCCUCUGGGCCCACCCAGUCUGCUGUUGCGACCGCCCCAGGCCCAGCUCCUGCUGCGGUUCCUACAGCAGCUACUGCGGUGCAGGGAGAGGCAGAGGAGCUGCCGGAGGUGGAGCAGCAUGCUCGCCAGCAGCAGAUCCAGGCCAGCGCUGCACGGGGCCCCACAGAGCUGGAUAGCCUCUGUGCAGUCAGUGGAGAGUCAUUUGUGAGUGGCCAGAGCCAAGCCUACCUCCAGACAGGAGAUUCAGGGAAGCCUCGUGCUCACCCUCAGGCCAGCUACCCCACAGCAACCUCUUCUCUCACCACAUAUCCCUCUGAUUCACAAAUGCCAUUCCUCCAGCCAGGAGAGGCAGUGACUCCCCAUGCUUCACAAAUACAGUCCCAGUCAUACGUACCCUCCAUUUCAUCCCAGACACCAAUUAAUGUCCUACCUGCACCCAUGUCUGCUGGAGAUCCUACAGGAUCCUCACAAGGGAGAAUAAUGCUGCAAACUCCACAGAACCAACCAAACGUUACACCUCUGCAACAGCCAGAAAAUGUGUCUCAACCAACUGCAGUUCAGACACAACAACAGAUAGUAUUAGAUCUACAGACUACAUUUAUACAACCACAUUCAUCACCAUCACAGCAGGCAAAUGUGAAACCACAACCACAGGCGGUUUUAUUACAACAGAUGGACCAAAUUCAGCAGAGUACCUUGCUGCAACAGCCUCCUGCAUCAUCAGGAAUGCAAUCCCACCAGACUGAGCAACCACAAGUGGUUUUGCAGGAGCAGCAGCAGCUCCAUUCAAAUGUACCUCCACAGCCGUAUAUACCACAGCAGCAACCACAGACUCUGGCUAACCCACAGCAAACAGAAACACCACACCAGGUAUAUUCACAGCAACCUGCAGGAGUGGCCCAGCAGCAGCAACCUGUAAUUCAACAAGUCCAGCAGCAGGUGCCAUUACAGCAAUCUUUAAUGGAACAGCAGCAACAGAAACCACAGUUGUUAUUGCAACAACAGGUAUAUGUGCCACGACAGGCUGAUUCACAAGAACAGACCAUGUUACAACAAGCAACAGUGCUACAAUCGGCCUCUCAGCCGUUACAACUUGGGGAGCAGCAACAAGCAGCACUUAUUAUGCAACAGCACAUUGAACAACAAAAUCAACAGCAAAUCUAUUUACAACAGCAUCAACAUAUAGAGCAGCAAAAGAUGCUUCUUCCACAACAGCAAAAUGCUGUAGUACAACAGCAGAUUAAGCAACAACAGCAAACCAUACAGAAUCAGCAGCAAGUAGAGCAACAGCAGGCAAUUUUACAACAAGCAGAACAGCAACGGCAACAACACGCACUAUUGCAACAGCAUUUGGAGCAACAACAGGUUUUACGGCACCAACAACAGUUAGAACAGCAACAAGCUCUUUUGCAGCAACAACAGUUUGAACAACAGCAAGCUUUGUUGAAGCAAAAACAACAGCCACAGUUAGACCAGCAAGUGUUGUUUCAACAUCAACAGCUAGAUCAACAAGCUUUUGUUCAACAAAAAUUUGAGCAGCAAGCACUGUUGAAACAGCAGCAAAUAGAGAAGCAACAAGCAGCUCUAUUGCAGCAGCAGCUAGAGCAACAGCAAAAGCAAGCUGUUUUACAGCAGCAACAAGCACUACUUCAACAGCAACACCAAUUAGAUCAACAAGUGCUGUUACAACAGCAACAAGUGGAGCAACAGCAAGCUUUUCUACAGCAGCAACAACAGUUUGAACAAAAGCAACAACCUAUACAGCAGCAAAGUUUACAAUCUCAAAUACAACAAAUAGAGCAGCAUACAUUUCAGCCACAGAUGGAUCAAGCACAACAGGUGUUACUCCAACAACAGAGAGAACAGCAGUUGCAACAGCAAGCUCUACUACAAAAACAACAAAUUGAGAUACAGCAGCAGCUACAACAGCAAUCUUUGUUGCUACAGCAAAAACAGCAGCAACAACUGGACCAACAAGCAGAUCAUGGGCAACAUCACAGUGGAAAACAGAAAGGUGUCACUCUUGAGCAACAGCAGCAGGCUUUACUCAAGCAACAGCAGGAACUACAGCAGCUGCACCAGCAGGCCUUGUUGUUACAACAGCAACAACAGUUGGACCAACAAGCAGUCCUCAGCCAACACCUUGAGACAGUUCAGCAAAUCAGUCAGAUACCUCAAUGUAUUACUCAACAGAUUAUAGCCACACCCCUUCAGCCUCACAGUACUCUUACUCAUCACCAAAUAGAGCAACAGCAACAAGCAUUUACUCAGCAGCAAGUUGCUUUCUCACAGCAGCAACAGAAAACUUCUGUAGUGGAAUCACAAGUCCCAGCUGUUGGUCAAGUAGCAUCACAAAUGGUUAGCUCCAAAAUUACAAACCAGAUACAAACCCCAGGACACAAUCAGCAACUUAUACCAGCCCCAGCAGCAGCUGAACCACAAGGGCAAAUACAACAAAGUCAAGGUGACACUGUGGCACAAAUCCAUGGUCAAAUUCCGGUGCAGACCCAAAGUCACACUAGACCACAAUCAAUGGUUUUAAUCCUGGGACAGACGCAACCCACACAGUUUCAAAUUCCUCAAGGAACCCAGCAAAUGUCCAAUGCUCCAUUACAGAGUCACACCACAGUACAGCCACAACUACAGACACAACCUUAUGACCAAACUCAGAAGCAGACUCAAAUGCUCUUACAGGGACAGAGUUAUACAACUCAAGUCUUGCCAACUCAAACUGUAGCUCCUGUUCUUUGUCAAGUCCAAGCAGUACCUCCAUCAACUCAAAUACCUAACCAAAUGCAGCCUCAGGCCCCUUCGUCCUUGCUGCCAAUUCAGUAUGCUCAAGCUUCACAAAUGAGUCAGCAGACCCUCCAGCCAGUCCAUCUGGACCUAACGAAGGGGACCCAACAGCAACAGUUUCCACCACAACAAUAUCACCAAGCUGUGCUGUCUCCAGUGUCAGUGGGAAGUACCGUUGGAGCAACAUCAGCCACUGUACCUACUACCUUGAUAACCACUCAGCAGUGCUUACAACAGACAGGUCAGACUCAAAUUCAAAGUCAGGCGCAAACUCCGGCGAUCCUACAGGUGCAACAACAGCCGGUUUCCAUGCCAGUGCAGACUGUCAUGCAGCCUGUACCACCUGUACCAUCUCAAGUUCCUCAACAGUAUGAGCAGCACAUACACAUUCAUCAGAUGCAGCAGCUUCAGGCCCAGCCAGUUUUGUCAACUGCAAAGCAAGUUUCACUACCACAGCAAACAGCAGUGGCACUAGAUCUAAAUCACCAGCCAUCUCAGCUAGCAUCCGCCUUGCAUCCUGUGGUUCCCGCACAUGUCCCACCAAUCCAGAUGCCUCAGACACAAAGUCAGACUGCUCCUCUUUACAGUCAGGAUGUAGCAGGUGUACCAUCUUCUCCACAACAUCAGUCUCAGCCAGCCAUACCUGCUCACACUCACACCCAGACAAGCACACAGGCACAAACACACAUGCACACACAGACUCAUGUCCAAACACAGGCCCACAUGCAUACUCAGACACACACUGAGACCCCAGACACAUUAGUGAAGCCACCUUACUCCCAGGGUGCAUUGCAGCCCCCACAGAUACCGUCUAGCCCAUGUCAUACAUUCCUCCAACCAUCCACCACAAUAUCAGGCCUCCAGGCUGUUGCUUCAGCUUCAGAGCUCCCUGCCUCAGCUGAGGUACAGUUAAGCCAAGCUGGGCAAACUGAUAUGGCUCAUAACUCCCCUCCCACCAUCCAUGCUUCACAGCCCCUUGGUUCUAAUAGCCCUGCUUUUGCACCGAACCUGCUGCCAGACUGUGACACUGCAUUGCUGGGCAUUUCACAGGAGAGCCCAAACCAGUCUGCCAAUCAGCAUUCAUUAUCAAGCUCUGCUCCAGCCAAUGGAGAGGAAUCCCAGUCAUUCAAUGGGAAAGUGGAAAGAGUGAAACCUCAGAGGAGAGCGUCCUGCAAUCGUUCUGAGAGAGCCACUCACUUUCAGCUGAGCAUGCUGCAGGUUUCAAACACCGGAGACAACAUGGUGGAGUGCCAGCUCGAAACCCACAGUAACAAGAUGGUCACUUUCAAGUUUGAUACUGAGGGAGACGCACCUGAGGACAUAGCUGAUUACAUGGUCGAAGAGGAUUUUGUCCUUGAGUCAGAGAAGGAGAAGUUUGUAGAGGAUCUGAGGGCCAUAGUGCAGAAAGCCCAGGAGAUCCUGAGCACUCAGUCACAGAACGGAUCUAUGGAGCAGCUACAUGUGGGCACUCCAUCAAGUUCAACUAUGGACUCGGCCCCUCAGUCUUCUCCAGUGGGUCGCUGGCGAUUUUUUAUCAAUCAGACUAUUCGACAUCGUGACUCCCACUCCAAUCAAGGAGCCACCACUCCACCUGCAGUAGGGGAGAGCCAAGGCUCCAAGACCACGGAAAUUGAGAGAGCUUCAGACCAUGAGGGUUCACAGCAGUCAGAUGUUCUCUCUGGACUCAUAGCUCCCCCCUGUUCCUCGCUUUUGGUGUCCUCCAUCCCUGCCUCUGUUCCUGACACCACUGCCACAGACUCUGCUGCCUGUGCCCCACUAACUGUCCAGAAGCCUACGUCCACUGCAGCUCCUGCUAAUCAAGACAUAACGGCUAUCGCACAACGAGAUCCUAGCAAAGUGUCAGCAACAGCCAUUCAAGCCCCAGUCCGCAACCCGGCCUCUGUACCUCCUGUUGUCCCCUUUCCUGAGGCUGAGCCUGAGCCCACAACUUGUUCCAGUGUUGGCCUGUGCCCAGGAGAGCCUUCUGCUAAGGUGCAUGACAUGCCUGAGAAUCAGCAGCCCUUCUCUGGCCCAUCUUCUGCUUCUAUGUUAAGUCAUGGCGACCGAGUACAGCAACAGUUGCCUCAAACCCCAGUAUCAACAAUGCAGAAUGCAGAAGUCCUCCAACAAGGUCUCCCACAGCAACAACUCACAGAGGCUCAGGCAACACAGUCGGUGAUGGCCAGCAACGAUCAAACUCUGAUUCAGCAGCAGCUUCCACAACAUCAGCAACAACAGUUGCAGCUGACUUUACAGCAGACAGCACAGCAGCCAGUCCAUCAGCUAACUCACCAAGUACAGCUUCAAACUGGCCACACAGAGCCACAAACCUUACAACAGCCUAAGCCAAUGGAGACGAAGCCCCAGCCUCUGACCCAGGCUAGUGCUGGUGCCCCUUCAGUCUCAGAGCUGAGCGCACACUAUGUGACCUUUCCAGGCCAGCACCCAGUACCUGAGUUGCAUCCAGUGCAACAGUCGGUACUUCAGCAAAUUCUGCAACACAAGACACAGCCUGAACCUCAACCACAACCGCUCUGUCCACCGACUGUUGACUUACAGUUGCAUGGUCUCCAGCAGCAGGACAGCAUAGAGAAGAUGGAGCCACAUUCAGUGGUGCAGAAGCAGGCGGUUCCCAUACAGCAGCAUGCGCAGCAGGACACGGUGCAGAACCCUGUGGCACUGGCUAUGCAGCCUCAGCAAGGCUUCCAAACACAAGAGCCUUCACAGCACAGACCACAGGUUCAGUCUGUGGCCCUACAGCCAGAGUCUGCUGAGCCAAUGCAGACCCAGCCGCUACAGCAGGUGCCACAGGACAAGCCUCAGCCUGGUGUUCCACCUGUACAAAAGCAGCCAUCUUUUCAGCAGUCUGAAUCUGAGGUCUCCACUGGUGAGGCAGCUGUUUCAGAGGAGGUUUUCAGCCAGUCUGCUUCUCUACAGCCCUUGUCUGAUGCCUCCCUGCCCCCUCUCCCACUCCCGGAGGCACCUCCGCCCGUCUUGGCGCACAUCCUCACGCCCUCCCCUGUCCAGCCCUCUUCAGUGGCUGAGUCGGACAGUGAGGGCCCCCCGAAAAUCGAGUUUGUGGACAACCGCAUAAAGACGCUGGACGAGAAGCUACGGACUCUGUUGUACCAAGAGCACAACACAGGUGGAGCUGUGCUGGGAUGUUCCACUAUUGCCCUUACUCAAGCUCUUGCCUCCACCUCUGCCUCUACCAUGGUACCGGCUUCUGCUGGGGGAGAUGAGUCAUCUGAAUCCCACCCAGUGUCUGUCUCUGCCUUUCAACCCCCUCCCGUCUCCUCCUCGGACACCUCUCCGCACUCCUCCUCCCGCACCGCUUCCUCCACCACUCCUCGCUCCUCCUCUACCUCUCCGGACAGAGAGAGAAUGGGAACAGGAGAGGAAGACGUGACCCAGCCCACUCUAGUUCCUCCAGCUGCUGUGGAUCACCAACCCGCUUCGUCGUUCUCCUCCACCUCUCCUCCCUGUUCCCUCCUGUCUCCACCACAGGAUCCUGCGCCUGGACCCCUGCCUCCACCCAGUGAACCUGCAGUCCUUGCUGCCCCCUCCCCCUAUGAUAGCAGUGUCCCCGGAGACGUCCCGUGGCUUCCCCCCUCUCAGCAGCCCACCCUCCUGCAGCCGGGACAGCAGCAGCAGCAGCACCACAAUGCAGGAGACGGGAACUCUGACAGUCAGGCAGUGAAAGAGGAGAGAGAGAUACCAUCAGAUAUGCAGCCCUGCUCGCACAGAGGACGUUUCCAGGUGACUCCGGUUCCGCAGGCUGUGGACCCGGCUCCCCUAGCAGAGGUGGCUCAGGGCCAGGAGAGUGUGCUCGAGACUGUGGGGCGUUUCUCUGUGACGCGGGCUGAGCAGAGAGAGGAGCAGCUCUCCGACAGCUCCCCUGUCUCUCCAGACCUGGAGAGGGACAGGAGGAGGACCAAAGGGAAGGAAGGGGAGAAGGAGGAGAAGAGGGCCCCUCUGGGGGGUGGGCAUCAGGCCCCACGCAACCACACGCACUCCCCAAGGGCCAGUAGUGACGAUGAGAGUGAGGUGGAGGAUGAGGACCUAAGGAGAGAGUUGCACAAGCUCCGAGAAAAGCACAUCAAAGAGGUGGUGUCCCUGCAAGCGCAGCAGAACCGUGAGCUGCAGGAGCUUUACAAGCAACUGCGCAGUCUAAAAGACCACAGGCAGCCCCUGGGGCUGGCUCAUAUGCCUCCCCUUCCUACCACAUCCCUGGCCAUCUCCCCGCGCAGACCCCGCCCUGCCAAGAGCAAACUCCGCCCCCGGCCCCAUUCCCACAUGGACAACAACGGAGUCGUGCAUCAAGGGAGUCUCCUGCAGUCUAGCAGUUUUUCCGGUGGAGAGCAAACCAGGCUGCGUUCGCACAGCAACCUAGAAAAAUCACCUCCAGUGACCACCAAGAGAGACCACAGUCCUCCAGUCCGGUGUUCAUCCAAUAAAAAGAGCACAUUCACAGACGAACUGCACAAACUCGUAGAUGAUUGGACAAAAGAGGCAGUUGGGCCUGCCCAACCCAAACCUUCACUCAAUCAGAUCAAACAAAUUCAGCAGGUGCAGGAACUGGGUGCCUGGAACCAGUCCACUGAGGCGUCACCUCCAGGCUGGUACCCCACAGCUUCUCUUAACCCCCACAGUGCUCCUGUAUUAGCCAGCCUGUCUGCCAUGGCUUGCCCACCCUACAGUACAGCAGGCCAAACCCAGCCAGCUCCUACACAGCCCCCCAUUGGCCCCCUAGCACAGCAGAGCCUCCAUCUGCAGGCCCAGGCCUUCACAGCGCUGCCGUACAGCCAGCCCCCUCUGCAGCCACAGCACACGCAGAUCCUCCCCGGGGCACUGCCACCCAACCAGGCCCUGCUUCUCGCCCCCGCGCAGGUGCAGCCGCCAGCCUGUGGCGUGCACGCGCAGCUACCCCCUCACGCCGCUCCCUCCCCCACGUGCACCAGCACCACAGGACCCCCGCCGGUCCCACCUACCACCAUCACCGCCGCCUCUAGUUCUGCCUCUGCCACCCUCUGCUCAGAUUCAUCGUGCUCCUCCACCUGCUCCGCCUCAACCCUGCCUCCUGGUAAUAAACUCCGCCCCGCGCCCCCUACCUCUGCCCUGCCUUUAGGACAGCAGUGAGCACAAGUGAGCACAACUGGACAGAGAGAGAGAAUAACAGACAGGACACAGGAUUUUGAAUGAAAGUAGAGAAGAGGCUUGUUUUUGAAGAAUGUUUGAGCAUAACAUGAAUACUACAGUAUGUAGAACAAGAACACUAGGGACCAGGGGCUUCUUAGCGUUGGCGCAUAUAGGUGUGAGGAUGUAUAAAUUAUUUAAUGCGUGUGUAUUUGUGUGUAUGCGUGUGAGGGUGUUUACAUUAUUCCCCCAAAACAUAUCCUCUGCGUGUUUCUGCACUCUCAAGGUUUCUAUACAACACAGUUGAACCUCAACUCUUCCAUAUAUACAUAUAUACAAGACGACCUUUUCUGACAUUAAAAAAUUGUCAUUUUCGUUUUAUUUAUGAACACCUCUGUUGAAAGGACCGUUAGCGUAUUAAAAAGUGCAAUUAGUAAUAUUUAAAUUAAUUUCUGUGUUGUUGUGUUGCCUGUCUGUAAAGUGUAAAGGACUUAUUUUUUUAAAUGCACACAGAGAUGACCAGAUAAACAGUAAGACACCAUUUUAAAAGAAUAUAGCACAAAAAAGGUCUCAACAAAUAAUGAAGCAGAAAUGAUGCAGUUUCAGCAACCGCAUGUUCUGCAACUGAGCAUGAUGACAGUUACCUGGCAACAGUCAUCUUAGCUACGAGUCCAACCUAAACAUUGAUUGUUCACUGCAGUGCACGGAUUAGGCAUGCUCUUCAUGUUCUUCUAUUGUACAUUAAUAGUACAUUAAUUAUUAAUAGUGGUAACAUCUAAGAUUAAUUUAAGGGAUGUUAUAGAAUAACACGAAUAGCUUCCAUCUGACUAGAUGGAUUUCAGUCCAGUGUUCUGUAAGCUGUGUGGCUGUGUACAACUGAGCAUAACUAAUUUGACUGCAGUGUUUGCUUUUUCUCGUUUGUAGACUCUCCUUCUUGGGGGUUUACGGUGUGAAUUCUAAUUCCAUAGUGAGGACAUACAGGUCCAGAGCUUUUAGGGCACUUCGAAUGAAGCAAACUGCUUGGUCUUGCACUUGAUCUGUGUUUUGCACAGCUAUGUUUGUGCUUCUGAGCACACCAAACUGUGAACAAGUCACCUGCAUACAUAUUUUGUUUUUUUGUUUUUUUUUGGGUGAAAACACAAGAAACAUCAAAAUCUGCACACAGGUAUAUAUUGUAAUACAUGAAAUGAGUCAUGUGAUUUUGCUUCAUACUUCAACAAACAACACAAAUAAAACUGCCAAGUGAAUUUAAGAAUGGAUUACUUUGCACCUCAGCUUUCCAGAUACGAUGCCUUUCAGAGUAGCGUUAUUGAGUGUUUUUAAGUCGUGAGAUUGAUAGCCUUCUGUGUGUGGCCCCAGGGUCCAGCCUCUUCAAGUCCGCACCUGAUAAUUGUUUACAGAUGUGUAUCUUUCCAUGCAAAAACAAAGAAACAACUAAAUGAAUGCAGGGAUUGUGUUCUGUGGCCAUGCAAAAGCAAUUGCCAGACAGCAAAGAGAGUCUUUUGGCUUGUGCUUUAAAUGUCCAGACAUUUUUCCUGGGUUUCAUCCUUAAAUAUAUAUUGCCUGUACACAAAAACAUGACCAGCUACAUACAUGCCUGUGUUACGAUAAUUAAAAAUAAAAAUAUAUGGGCCGUUGAUUAAGGAUCUUUAGGUUUGAACACAGUAAUGCACAGAAGGCUUUGAAUGUUUAAAAAAAAAUUAUUUUUUCAGCAUUACAUAAGGCAUAUGGGAAUAUGUUGUGCAGUGUUCACAGAGACUACAGAAGGACACAAAAUGGGGAAAAAAAAAGUUAAUUUAUUUUGUGAUAUUACUUAUGCCAUGUAAUGCUUGAGCUAAUGAAUGUUUUAUUAAAAGUGAACACGACUGGCAUGUGAGUAUCGGAAUAACUAAACAGCCACUAAAUAUGUGCAGAUUCUCUAUGGAAACAACCCACAUCUAAGUAGCUAUGGAACAUAAUAAUGGUGGUGAGAUUAUGUGCUGUUAAUAUUGACACGGCUGCCAUUUGUCACUGCUCUGACAGGAAACAUGGGACAUUGUCCUAUUUUGAGGUGUUAUCAAAAUGUAAUCUAAAAGAAAGCAUUAUUUUUGUAUUUUGAACUGGGGAUGUAAAAAUGUAAAACGUACUGAAAAUGUAUUGAUCGUUUCAAAAAGGUUGCAGUUAUCUGAUGCAUUGGUCCUCAGCUUUGUGCUGUUCCCCUGCUUGGGAUAUAGCUUAGCUAUGAGAUUGAUACUCUAAUGUUUAGUUUUCUGAUAGGAAUUUUUCAUUUAAAUUUAUCGGAAUUGGUGUGAGGAACUAUUUUUCACUGCCUAGUGCCCAUCUGAUGAAUUUGUAGACAUGUUUACCAGGGGACCCCAGAAUGACUUAACUGAGCACCAAUGAUUCAAGGUUAUUUGAUCCAAAAUAAUCUAAAAGACUAAACUUUUAUUUCUGGUAAUUUAGCUACUGUAAAAUUGUAACUAAUUCAAUUGUUGAUUUUAUUUAUGUUUUGUAACUAAUCACAAUAAAAGAUGGUGUUAAACCUGAAAAUAUGAUUCUCUUUUACAUGUUUUAUAACAAUAAAAUAUUUAAAUAUAUACAUU